GCUGGUCCAGGGACCCUCAUCAUGGCUGCAGGAGUCCAGGACUUUAACCGGACAGAGUUUGAUCGCUUAAAUGAGAUCAAAGGUCACCUGGAAAUCGCCUUAUUGGAAAAACACUUCUUACAGGAGGAGCUCCGGAAGCUGCGAGAGGAAACCAACGCGGAGAUGCUGCGGCAGGAGCUGGACCGGGAGCGGCAGCGGCGGAUGGAGCUGGAGCAGAAGGUCCAGGAAGUGCUGAAGGCCAGAGCCGAGGAGCCGCCAGCUCAGCAGCCUCCGAAAGGGCAGGCCCAGGUCAAUAACGGAGCAGGUAGGCCUGGGGGACGGAGAUGCGGGUGGCGGGGGGGUGGUUCUGUUCCCGGGCGCACCUGCUCACUUCUGGGGAUCCCCUCCUGUUGGAACUGGGUUAGUGUCUCUGACUACCGGUUG